GGCGGGCGGGGACCGCAGGGGCGGGGCUGCCACCACCCGCACCGGCACCGGCACCGGCACCGCACCGCAUCGCAAUCGCAUCGCAGGGCACCGCACCGUCUCAUGCCGGCGCCCCCCGCCCGCGGCUGAGCGCUGCGCCCCGCCGAACCGGGCACGGGCACGGGCACGGGCACGGGCACGGGCACGGGCACGGGCACAGGCACAGGACAGCCGCUGCUCUCCGCUAGCAGGACCCACCUCUGGCCGGCACGAUGGCGGGAGCAUCUGUGAAGGUGGCGGUGCGUGUUCGGCCCUUCAACUCCCGGGAGAUGAGCCGGGAAUCUAAAUGCAUUAUCCAGAUGUCAGGAAGCACCACCACUAUCGUGAACCCGAAGCAACCCAAAGAGACACCAAAAAGCUUCAGCUUUGACUAUUCCUACUGGUCCCAUACCACGCCCGCAGACAUCAACUAUGCAUCUCAGAAGCAAGUCUACCGGGACAUCGGCGAGGAGAUGCUGCAACAUGCCUUUGAAGGCUAUAACGUCUGCAUCUUUGCCUACGGGCAGACGGGUGCCGGAAAAUCCUACACCAUGAUGGGGAAGCAGGAGAAGGACCAGCAAGGCAUCAUCCCACAGCUGUGUGAGGACCUCUUCUCCCGCAUCAAUGACACGACGAAUGACAACAUGUCCUACUCUGUGGAGGUGAGCUACAUGGAGAUAUACUGCGAGCGCGUGAGGGACCUCCUGAACCCCAAGAACAAGGGGAACCUGCGGGUGAGGGAGCAUCCCCUUAUGGGCCCAUACGUUGAGGACCUUUCCAAGCUGGCUGUGACCUCCUACAAUGACAUCCAGGACCUCAUGGACUCUGGAAACAAGGCCCGCACAGUGGCUGCCACCAACAUGAACGAGACCAGCAGCCGCUCCCAUGCUGUGUUCAACAUCAUCUUCACGCAGAAGCGGCACGAUGCUGAGACGGACAUCACCACUGAGAAGGUCAGCAAAAUCAGCUUGGUGGACCUGGCAGGGAGCGAGCGAGCCGACUCCACUGGUGCGAAAGGCACAAGACUAAAGGAAGGAGCAAACAUCAACAAGUCCUUGACCACACUGGGGAAAGUCAUCUCCGCCCUGGCCGAAAUGGAUUCGGGGCCGAACAAGAACAAGAAGAAGAAGAAGACAGAUUUUAUCCCCUACCGGGACUCGGUGCUGACCUGGCUGCUGCGGGAGAACCUGGGGGGCAACUCCCGGACGGCCAUGGUUGCUGCUCUCAGUCCUGCUGACAUCAACUACGAUGAGACUCUCAGCACCCUCAGGUACGCUGACCGUGCCAAGCAGAUCCGCUGCAACGCUGUCAUCAACGAGGAUCCCAACAACAAGCUCAUCCGAGAGCUGAAGGAUGAGGUGGCACGCCUGCGCGACCUCCUCUAUGCCCAGGGCCUUGGGGACAUCAUUGACACCCAUCCUGCUGCGGGAGGAUCCAAAUAUGUGUCCGACUUUGAGAACAAUAAUGAUGCUAGAGGGACAGAGCUGAGUCACCGCCAUGACAAUCUCUCCACAGUGACCAACGCCAUCGCCGGGAUCAGCCCCUCUUCCUCCCUGUCGGCCUUGUCCAGCCGUGCUGCCUCUGUCGCCAGCCUCCACGAGCGCAUCAUGUUUGCUCCGGGCAGCGAAGAGGCAAUCGAAAGGCUCAAGGAAACGGAGAAGAUUAUUGCGGAGCUGAAUGAGACAUGGGAGGAGAAGCUGCGGAGGACAGAAGCAAUCCGGAUGGAGAGGGAAGCGUUGCUGGCUGAAAUGGGGGUGGCCAUGAGGGAGGACGGAGGCACCUUGGGUGUUUUCUCUCCUAAAAAGACGCCCCACUUGGUCAACCUGAACGAAGACCCGCUCAUGUCCGAGUGCCUUCUCUACUACAUCAAGGACGGGAUAACAAGGGUUGGCCGGGAAGAUGCAGAGAAGAGGCAGGACAUCGUUCUCAGCGGGCACUUCAUUAAGGAAGAGCACUGCCUUUUCCGCAGCGACACCAAAACCGGCGGUGAAGUAAUAGUGACCCUGGAGCCCUGUGAAGGUGCUGACACCUAUGUGAACGGCAAAAAGGUGACGGAGCCCAGCGUCCUGCGCUCAGGAAACCGCAUCAUCAUGGGGAAGAGCCACGUCUUCCGCUUCAACCACCCUGAGCAGGCGCGGCAGGAGCGGGAGCGGACCCCCUGCGCCGAGACCCCUGCGGAGCCCGUGGACUGGGCUUUCGCCCAAAGAGAGCUGCUGGAGAAGCAGGGCAUCGACAUGAAGCAGGAGAUGGAGCAGCGGCUCCAGGAACUGGAGGACCAGUACCGGAGGGAGCGGGAGGAGGCAAAUUACCUUCUUGAGCAGCAGAGGCUGGACUAUGAGAGCAAACUGGAGGCUUUGCAGAAGCAGAUGGACUCUAGGUAUUACCCUGAGGCAAAUGAGGAAGAGGAAGAACCUGAGGAUGAAGUGCAGUGGACAGAGCGGGAGUUUGAGCUGGCCCUCUGGGCCUUUAGGAAGUGGAAGUGGUACCAGUUCACCUCCCUCCGCGACCUGCUCUGGGGCAAUGCCAUCUUCCUCAAGGAAGCCAAUGCCAUCAGUGUGGAGCUGAAGAAGAAGGUCCAGUUCCAGUUCGUGCUCCUCACAGACACGCUGUACUCACCUCUCCCUCCCGACCUCCUGCCUCCUGAUGCCGCCAAGGACCGGGAGAAGCGGCCGUUCCCCCGGACCAUCGUGGCUGUAGAGGUGCAGGACCAGAAGAACGGGGCGACACAUUACUGGACCCUGGAGAAGCUGAGGCAGCGCCUGGACCUGAUGCGUGAAAUGUAUGACCGUGCAGCUGAAGUGCCUUCUAGCGUCAUCGAGGACUGUGACAACGUGGUGACCGGCGGGGAUCCUUUCUACGACCGCUUCCCCUGGUUCAGGCUGGUCGGCAGUUCAGAUAUCUCUGGCUGCAACAGCUCUCCUCUUUUCAACACAUGCAUGAGCGAGCGCAUGGCUGAUCUCACCCCCUCCCCUACCUUCUCGAACCCCGACUCCGACAUCACCGAGCCUGCUGACGAGCAGCACCAGGGGCAGGAGGAGGAGGAGGAGGAGGAGGAGGAGGCGGAGGACCUGGAGGAAGACAUCUUUCCGGAGUGCCCGCUGUGUGAUGGCCGGGAUCCGUUUUACGACCGCUCCCCCCUGUUCAGUUUAGUAGGAAGGGCCUUCGUCUACCUGAGCAACCUCCUCUAUCCAGUGCCACUGGUCCACCGCGUGGCCAUCGUCAGUGAGAAGGGCGAGGUGAAGGGCUUCUUGCGCGUGGCCGUCCAGGCCAUCUCAGCGGAUGAGGAAGCCCCUGACUAUGGGUCCGGCGUGCGGCAAUCAGGGACGGCCAAGAUAUCCUUCGAUGACCAGCACUUUGAGAAGUUCCAGUCAGAGUCGUGCCCGGCCGUGGGGAUGUCUCGCUCUGGGACCUCCCAGGAGGAGCUGCGCAUCGUGGAAGGCCAGGGGCAGGUCAGCGAUGUGGGUCCCUCCGCCGACGAAGUCAACAACAACACGUGCGCAGUGACCCCGGAGGACCUUCUGGAUAGCCCGGAGAAGCCUACGCCGGAUGGGCCGCUGGAGACGGCUCUGGACCACCUGAAGCUGGGCAGCGUCUUCACUUUCCGUGUGACGGUCCUGCAAGCCUCCAGCAUCUCCGCAGAAUACGCAGACAUCUUCUGCCAGUUCAACUUCAUCCAUCGCCACGACGAGGCCUUUUCGACAGAACCCUUGAAGAACACGGGACGGGGGCCACCGCUGGGCUUCUAUCAUGUCCAAAAUAUUGCCGUGGAGGUGACCAAGUCCUUCAUUGAAUACAUCAAGACCCAGCCGAUUGUAUUCGAAGUCUUCGGGCACUACCAGCAGCACCCCUUCCCACCCCUCUGCAAGGACGUCCUGAGCCCACUGAGGCCAUCCCGGCGCCACUUCCCCCGUGUGAUGCCGCUCUCGAAACCAGUGCCUGCAACGAAGCUGAGCAGCAUGACUCGGCCCAGUGCUGGCCCGUGCCAGUGCAAGUACGACCUGAUGGUCUUCUUCGAGAUCUGUGAGCUGGAGGCCAACGGCGACUACAUCCCUGCCGUUGUGGACCACCGCGGAGGCAUGCCGUGCCAUGGGACCUUCCUCCUCCACCAGGGCAUCCAGAGGAGAAUCACUGUCACCUUGGUGCACGAAACAGGCAGCCUCAUCCGCUGGAAGGAAGUGCGGGAGCUGGUUGUGGGUCGAAUCCGGAACACCCCAGAAGCGGACGAGUCUCUCAUCGACCCCAACAUCCUGUCCCUGAACAUCCUCUCCUCUGGGUACAUCCGCCCUUCCCAGGACGACCGGCAGUUUCUUGAUUCGGAUAUGCCUAGCAUUUCGUUUGGAAAUGACACUAGGACUUUCUACCAGUUUGAGGCGGCGUGGGAUAGCUCCAUGCACAACUCGCUGCUGCUCAACCGUGUCACCCCGUACCGGGAGAAAAUCUACAUCACCCUUUCCGCCUACAUUGAGAUGGAGAACUGCACUCAGCCCGCCGUCAUCACCAAAGACUUCUGCAUGGUUUUCUACUCCCGGGACGCCAAGCUUCCUGCCUCCCGUUCCAUCCGCAACCUUUUUGGCAGUGGCAGCCUGCGGGCUUCUGAGAGCAACCGCGUGACGGGAGUCUACGAGCUCAGCCUCUGCCGCGUGGCUGACGCCGGCAGUCCAGGUAUGCAGAGACGGCGCCGGCGUGUGCUGGACACCUCAGUAGCCUACGUGCGGGGAGAGGAGAACCUGGCUGGCUGGCGGCCCCGCAGCGACAGCCUCAUCCUCGACCAUCAGUGGGAGCUGGAGAAACUCAGUCUCCUGCAAGAAGUGGAGAAGACAAGGCACUACCUGCUCCUGCGCGAGAAGCUGGAGACGACCCAGCGCCUGGGCCUGGAGACCCUGUCCCCCUGCUCCAGUGAGGACUCGGAGUCCCGAAGCACCUCCUGUGUCUCCUCCCCGCUCUCUGUCGAUGGGGGUCCCGAGGGCCGCACCUCUCCCCCCGAGACCCCCAGCGAGAGGCAGAAGGAGCUGGCCGUGAAGUGCUUGCGCCUGCUCACGCACACCUUCAACAGGGAGUACAGCCACAGCCACGUCUGCAUUAGUGCCAGUGAAAGCAAGCUGUCCGAAAUGUCUGUCACCCUUAUGAGAGACCCCUCCAUGCCAGCUCUCGGGGUCACCACUCUCACCCCCUCCUCGACCUGCCCGUCACUGGUGGAAGGACGUUACAAUGCCAUGGAGGUCAGCCUCUCCUCCCUCCCCAGACCCGCCCAGGUCUCCCCCAGGGCAGAGAGCCCUGACCUGGAGCCUGUGGUAGAAGGAGAGCAGAAGAAGUCCCCAGCCCGCCGGCCUGAGGAGGAGAAGGAGCCCCAGCGUUUGCUGGUGCCCGACAUCCAGGAGAUGCGGGUCAGCCCCAUCGUCUCCAAAAAGGGCUACUUGCACUUUCUGGAGCCCCACACCAACGGAUGGGUGAAGCGCUUCGUGGUGGUCCGACGCCCGUACGUCUACAUUUACAACUCGGACAAGGAUGCGGUUGAGAGGGCCAUACUGAACCUCUCCAAGGCCCAGGUGGAGUACAGCGAGGACCAGCAGGCCAUGCUCAAGACCCCGAACACAUUUGCGGUGUGCACGGAGCACCGGGGCAUCCUGCUGCAGGCGAGCAGCGACAAGGACAUGCACGACUGGCUCUACGCCUUCAACCCCCUCCUGGCUGGGUCCAUAAGAUCCAAGCUGUCCAGAAGGAGAACAGCCCAGAUGAGAAUCUAACCUGAAGAACACCCUCCACCUCAUCCGUCUGCCAACAGGAUCAAGAUAGCUGGUUCUGUCUCAAGACUCCCCAUGUUAACGUCUGAUCUCUCACACCAUCUGCUGCCCCAGCUGUCUGCUCCAUGGAAGGAUCUGUCUCGAUUCACACCUUCACGGGGGAAACUCACUUCCGUUUGUAGCUGCAAAAGCCUGGACCCGCCUGGGCAGGAUUUCUCGUGCGCGUGCCAUCUUCUGCCCAUCCCCCCUGGGUGACCUUCAUGUCACACCAUCUGUAAUGCUCCAGAAAGGUCCCUGUCAGAGGGGAGGGAGCGAGGAGGGUGGUUUUGGCUAAAAGCUGGUCUUUGAUCUACAGAGGUGGGAGAGCAGGAGGAAUUGCCUCCACGCGAUGGGAAAGUGGUAGUUUAGGUAUGGGGAUUUCCUAGUUCAUUGACGUUUCUGCAAGAGAUGGCAGGGUAAGAUCGGGUGUCGGUAGUUUAAGAUUGUAUUUAUAAAGUAUUUAUUUCUAUUUACGUCACAAAAAUCCCAUAAGUUGGGCCCUGGCCCCUGGACAAUGCCUCCCCCGGGCAGGGGAGAGCCUUGGCGGUGGGCCGGGGUCCCAGAGAUGCCUUCCCCAGGACACCCAUGGCAUGUGCCCGGUGGCGGCAGCGCUCUUGCCCUCACUCCCUGCCCUUCCCCAACCCUCUGCUUUGCCCCCCCCCCCCAGCUUAAACUACUUCUCCCCUGAGCGGUGGCUGGACAGCCCACCAUGUCUUCCCAAAGGAGGCAAUUCCUACCUGCCCCAUCUACCUCUGGAAGGUGGGAGCCCGCCAUCUCAGCUGGCCGGGGCACCCACAUCCAAGCAAAUGGGACACUUCGCUUCAGAGCUUGGUCCUGCUGGGGGGACACAGAGGGCUCUGGGGACGGUUCUGCCUGUUACCUCGUGUGGGGCUGUCCUUCCCAAUCACCUCCGCUAUCCUGGCCUGGGAGCCCUGGGGGACUUGUCCAAAGGGAUUCCCCCCUCUUAGGGCAGGACACCGAGGGUCCCAUCCCUGUGGGGAGUGUGGAGGAUCAGGUGGCCACUUCCAAAGCCGGAUGAGAAAGUUGCCCAGGAGUCAGGACUAGGAACAACCAUCCCAACCCACGGGAUCCUUGUCACCCUUUCCCGAAAGGGCUGUCACGUCCCUUCUCCUCCCAGCAGGACGACAGGCUCAAAGUAGAUCAGAGGGGCGUGGGGGUGUUGGGGUGGGGAUGGGGAUGGGGCUUCUUUUUACUGUUGUAGCUGGUGUUUUCUCACUCCUCUUCCCCUGCUGCAGAAGCGAGCGCCCACCUCCUUCCCACUCUGCCUCCAUCAGCACGUUAAUCCAGGGGGCUUCCUGCAGCAGAGGUGGCUUCACCGAAAAGACCUCCUCCAGCCAUUACUGCUUCCCACCUCCUCCCAGCAGCAGCUCUCCCUCUCCUUCUCCCAUCUCUCACCCAUGGGGAGAUGCUUUCAUUCGGCGGCAUCCGGCACAGCUCCGGGCAGGAAGGCGAGCAUCUUCCUCCAUGCAUCUCCUGGGCACCCCCCCAGCUUCGCUCUCACGCCUUCGUGGCUGACCUUCCCUCGCACAGCACGGCUGCGCCUUGGCUCUGCCGCACUUCCCCGCGCUGUCUGUGGUGUGUGUGUGUGCGUGCGCGCGUGUGUGUGCGUGUGUCUCGGACGUGGUGCCGUCUUCUCCUGGUUACGCUUGUGUUGUGGGGGGCAUGGACGGGUAGGGAUGUGGCAGGCAGGCAGAGGCUUGCAGGGACGCCUGUCAGGCACCGGUCAGCUUGGGUUUCAGGUCACGGAAAGGGUUUUGGGAUCCUUCCUGAGCCCCGGCUCGUUCUGCCCAGCCUGACCCACAGCUCCUUGGGCGUCUCAUCCCAUUGCUCCGGCCUGAAGCCAUGGCGAGGCUGCUCCUCCCAGCCCCGCUCCCCGGGCAGGUGGCAGCUUGCCUGCCCAGGACGAGCUCCCCGUCAGACUUUCCCCCCCAUCCCCCCGUGAUCCAUUUUAGAGACCCGGAGGCUGACCCGUGCCCUUUAUGGAGGGAGAGGUGCCUGCCUGGGGGUGCGGAGGGACAGCUGUGGCCGGGGCAGAGCCGGGGCCCAGGCUGUGACAUCCCGGCUCCUGUGCCCCGGGGCAAGGACUAGUUGGUACCAUCCCGAAUUUCAACGUAAGGGGCUAAGGGUGGAAACGCUGGGCGCCCCGGGGAGAGGGGAGGCUCUUCCAGGGCGGAGGCAGCUUCUGGCAGAGACGUGACCCGCGUCUGCCAGGGACCAGACACGGGUUCAUUGGCCACAGCCGGGCGGUGCUGCCUGUGCCGCAGGCGAGGGGCAGCCGUGGAACGAACGGGCGUCCUCCAGCUGGAGCCGCAGCAUGCCUGAGGCCAGCAAACCUGCAGAGCAGCUGGCUCGGCUGGGGGCCGUCACGCUCGGGGCCGAGGGAGAAGGCUGCUCAGCGGAUGCCCACAGUGUCCCUGCGGAACAUCCCCGGCUCGCGAGCUGCCCUCGCCAUUGUACCAGCUCCGCUUCUGCCGGCACCACGUGCUGCCUGGUCAGGCCCCCGUCCACCCGCCCCUUCUACCACCGCAGCCUCCCGGGACAAGGAACGCAAGCCCGAGGUUUAGGCACGACUGAGCCCCACCGGAAGGGAAAUUUCACAGGGGAACGGUGGCGUGGAGGACGGGUGAGCACCGGCGGGCAGGCCAGGGCCUGUGAGGGGGAGGCUGCCCUUCCCGCCCUCCGGUUCCUCCCUGCCCUGUGCCCGGGGCUUGGCGCCUCGGGUCCCGGCCGUCUACGCGCACGUGAGGCUUGUUCGGUUCUGAAAUAAAUGUGGCAUUUAACGCAA